AUCACUUACACUACACAAUGUGAUGUGGGUAAUACAAAAGACUCCUGUCUUUCUCGCAGAAUUGGAUCGAUACACCUGAGCUCUUUCGGCAGCAUCCGACUAGCCAUUGAUAACAAGGACAAACAUGGAAAUUGUUUGGCAGGCGGCGGCGAAGCAAGGCGGCAAACGUUCAUCUCAAGAUAUGUCUUCACUUCUCACAUAUGUGUUUUCCUAGUUGAAACUUCCCACAACUAACGCAAGUCAAUCACCCUGCCAAAGCUGUCGCACACGAAAGAAGCGAUGUUAUCAUAUCGGUGCCACAGAAAGACCAUACGCUGUCAAACGCGGCGACAGGCCAAUCACCGACCCAGUUGACCAGACAUCCAACACUCGCGACUCGAGUCCUAGUCCGAGCCGUGUCAGUCUGUACAACCCAGAAUCCGUCUUAGCAGACCUCUCCAUGCAAUCGACAGGGGCAAGGCUUGCAGAAAAGGCCGGAACUUGUCUGAUACACCCACAUCGCCAGAAAACCGACUGGACAACUUCUGGAGACGCCUUUUCCCUGGAGGAAAGGUCUCUCCGCCAGCGCAAUUGGUACGAUCGUCACCGCCGUAAGUUCAGGGAGCUUGAAAUUUCAGACAACCAACGACGGUAUCUUGAAGACGAGGGGGCUUUUCUUGAAUUACCAAAGUCGACGACAGACAUUCUUCUCCCAAUUUACAACAUGCUCUUGGAUGAUCUCAUUCCGGUGGUAGAUGGAGCUGCGAUAUUCCGGGACUAUAGCAACGGGCAAGCAUCAGUCUUCCUCCUUAGGGCAGUCUCCCUCAUUGCCUGUAAAUUCAGACAAGCAGCUCCAUUUCUUAGAAUCCAUGAGGAUGGCGCGAUCAUGGAUCAGGGAGACUUCGCUUCUAGAUUGCUCAAGGGCCUUGAUGCGUCUAUCAAGGCCGAUCUCGAGCCCGACCGAAUGACCAAAGUUCAAAUCCUAGCUUUGAUGCAUCUACACAACGACGGCCUGAGUGGACUGGAUCGCUCAUCGAGUUAUCUUUCUCAGGCUAUAUCCGAAGCGUGGGCAAUAUCACUGCAUGUAAAGGUUCCUGUUAAUCCCGAACAAGAGCGUUGCGACUUCUUGUGGUGGACACUGCGAAACUUUGAUCGGCUGAACAAGCCCGUCAUGGGCGCCGCACCGUUCAUGAUUGAUGAUACAGACAUUGGGAUUGAACGCAUUGCUCCCCGAAAGGAUCACUACCGGUCUCAGCUCAUGACCAUAUCUCUCUCCCUUGGGGAUUUGAUGAAAACGGCAACUAGGGUCUACAAAGCUAGCUCGACUACAACAGAUGAUGACUGUAAUCCAUUUCCCACAUUCUCUGAGCUUACCACUGAGAUUUGCCUGGAUGGGUUCCAGAGGUCCCACAGAUUGUACUUGCAGAUUUGGUAUCACGUCGCCGCGAUGCUCUCCUGCCGCUAUAGCGGACCGAAGAGCGUUCAGUAUCAGCGACGCCUAUCCUCCGCUGAUAGUAUACUACGCAUCGUCUGUCUUGAAGGCUCUACGAAUCUCCCGCCUCUUCCUCUUGUACCUUAUGCUAUGUCAAUGUCUACCACGGUAAUCUAUCGCGCUCUCAGGGAUGGCGAACGGUCACCGGAAGUAGCGUACAAAGAUCUUGGAGCAUGUUACAGCAAUCUCACGAUCCUCAGUCAAUUAUGGACCAGUGCCAAGGGCGUAGCCAGGGUAGUGAGGCGUUUGCAGCAAUUUACCAGGCCUGGCGCUGCUCCCAUUCGAACAGCAGAUGGCGCCUCAUGCACUUGCGAGAACAUACAUCGACACGCAAACGUCGCUACCAACCUGGUCAGCAGUUUUAAUGCCUCACACCCACCAACUCAGAGCACGACUGGAAGCUCAGUGCUACCUAUAUCGAGUUUGGUGCAACCUAGUGAGGGUUGUCAACCGCAAAGUCCCGCAGAUAAUGAUGGUCAUCCGGGUGAUCAGGCGGAUACUUGGGUCGUCGAUGAGCUAUCUUACUCUCAUUUUGACAGGGCCUUUUACGAUUUCUUCGACUACGGGAUGCCCAGCCUAUUUCGCGAUUUGGCGACCUGGGACUUUCUCCAAACAGAUGCGAAUGAUGGUUUAGGAGCCUGACCAUUAUAGCAUUUGGUAUUAAAUCCAUGUAAUCUUGAAGAAAAUCCUUCUACUCGUCUUCCUUUUCGUCAUCGGUUGCAUUUAAACACAAUACUUUAAUCUCAGUAGCUACUUAUGUUGCUAAACUUUAUUGCUUGCCGUUGUUGAUCCCAAGACAGCUUCUUCUAGAACUGCGUCCCGAGCAGUAGAGCGUCGUAUACCAAUGUCUGAAAGCUCUGGGUUUCAAUCACAGCACCAAAACCAUGACAUUUAAUGCCCUCCAUCAAUCGAUCAACAAGCGCCCAUAAUCUUCGUAGCUC